GGGACAGGUAUGAGGACAGUGACGAAACUCUAUGGGGACUUCCUCACAGCAUGUGACGUUUGGGCAGACAAGGAGAGAUAUCGGUUUUUCCAAAAGUCGGGAUUCGCACUUCACGAGCGCACCGAUAUCGCCGAACUCUAUUACAAUAACAACCUGCAACUCGACGAUUUCUCGUACAGCUUCUCUUCAUCGACAACGUAGACGCCGUGAAGCCCAAGAACGGCAAUUACCUCAUGCACGUUUGUGACUGUUUCAAAAAGGACGUCGUCAUGGUUCUCGCAGGCUCUGUCGAGGGCACGACAGCGGUGCUAGGGAAGGGGCCACAGGCCAGGCUAGUCUUCCCGCGAAGGAUACGCAUGAAGGACUACGACGACGAGCAGCUCCGCCGCAUCCUGGUCCGGAUGAUCGCCCGCCACUCCCUGAAAGUCGAAGACGGCAUCAACGGGCCCUAUCCUCGCAUCGCUGCCCGGCGUGUGGGCCGCUGCCGAGAUGCGGCUGGGUUCGGAAACGUGCACGAGGUGGAAGCCUCGUUUGCGAAGAUGCUCAACCGGCAGGCCACGCGGCUUCGGGAGGAGCGGGCCAGGAUGUCCCUCAGCAAGGCGGAGGAGCCGGCGCCCAUCAGCAAGGAGGAGGAGCCGGCGGCGCCCGAUGAGUACCUGCUGACGAUGCAAGACGUGAUUGGCCCCGAACCCGAGGACACUCGUUCCCGCAGCGACGCGUGGAAGGAGCUCCAGCACAUGGUAGGGCUGAAGGACAUCAAACACGCUCUGGAAGAGCUCAUGAGACGCGCCAAGAUCAACUACCAAAGGGAGCUCCUUGGAAAGGACCCGAUUCGGACAUCGUUGAACCGCGUAUUCCUGGGCCCCCCUGGCACCGGUAAGACCACCGUGGCCAAGCUCUACGGCCGUAUCCUGGCCGAGACGGGACUCUUGUCGGCCCGAGACGUCAUAUACAAGACUCCUGCGGACUUCAUCGGGCAACACCUUGGCGACUCGGAGGCGAGGACCAGAGGCAUCAUCGAGUCGGCCCAGGGCAAGGUCCUGAUCAUAGACGACGCGCACAUGUUCUACCACGGGAGCAGGGCAGGGUCAGGGAACGAGUCGGACGAGUUCCGGCUGAGCUGCAUCGACGUGCUGGUGGCCAUGGUGCACAACCGGCCCGGCGACGACGCGUGCGUCAUCUUGAUUGGGUACCGGGACAUGAUGGAGGAGAUGUUCCAGAAGUGCAACCCGGGCCUGCGGAGGCGCUUCCCGCCUGAGGAGGCCUUCCAUUUUGCCGACUACGACGACGCGCAGCUCAACGAGAUCCUCGAGGCCAAGAUGGCGGAAGAGGACAUCGCCGCCACGGCCACGGCCAAGGAGGCCGCCGCUGAGGUGCUCCGCCGCGCGAGGGACCGCCCGAACUUUGGCAACGGGGGCGACGUCGUCAACAUCCUGAACCUCGCCAAGGCCCGCUAUCGCGACAGGAUGACCAAGGAGCGGGAGAAGGCCGGAAGCUCGGGUGUGAGCCUGAGUCCAGACCGCGAGAAAGUGGCCGACGUCGGCGACCGCGACUCCCACGUGGCCCCAUCUGCGGCAGACGACAACGAUCUCCCGGGCUUGGCAGAUGAUGCGAAUGACGCGCCGGCCGCCGCCAUCGUCCUCGAGCCCGAGGACUUCGACCCGGACUACGACCGCGGCGCGCGGGCCAGCCAGAGGUGCCGGCGCCUGUUCGAGGGACUGAUCGGGUUCGACGGCAUCAUCCACCAGUUCGAGGGCUACCAGCGGAUGGCGGCGAACAUGAGGCUCAAGGGCAAGGACCCCAGGGAGAGCAUCCCGUUCACGUACAUCUUCAAGGGCCCGCCCGGGACGGGCAAGACGCACACGGCGCGCAUCAUCGGGCAGAUCUUCUACGACAUGGGCUUCCUCUCGACCAGCGACGUCGUCGAGUGCUCGGCCACGCACCUGGUGGGGCAGUGGGUGGGCCACACGGGGCCCAAGGUCGUGGCCCUGUUCGAGCGGGCGCUGGGCAAGGUCCUGUUCAUCGACGAGGCGUACCGGCUCACCGGCAGCGGGGGCGGGGGCCGGGGCCUGCAGGGCGGCGGGGGGAGCUUCAACGACGAGGCGAUCGGCGAGCUGGUCGACUGCAUGACCAAGCCGCGGUACCUGCGCAAGAUGAUCAUCGUGCUGGCCGGGUACGACCGCGAGAUGGACGCGCUGGCGCGGUCGAACGCGGGCCUGCGCGGCAGGUUCGCCACCGAGGUGACCUUCGCGGCCAUGGAGCCGGCGCGCUGCCUCGAGCACCUGCGCAACCUCGUCGGCAGGGAGGGGGUCGAGGUGCGCGACGAGGUCAGGCCCACCGCCGAGGAGGAGGAGACGGUCCUGCGCCUGUUCCGGAAGCUGGGCAUGACCAGGGGCUGGUCUAACGGGAGGGACGUCAAGACGCUCGCGGGGCUCGUCACGGGCCACGUGUAUAGGAAUAUACCGGAGGAGGGGGAGGGGAGGCCCGGAGGCGAUGGUCGGUUGACCAUCUCGACGAAGGAGCUGAUUGCAUUCCAGAAGGAUAUGCUGCGGGAGCGGAUCAGGGGAGGGAGAGAUUGAUUGAUUGAUUGCCCUUGCGUAUUAUACCCGAUAGAAUGUGCAGCUAAAGGAUAUGGGCGAAGAUUGUCCCCCAAAUUAAGGAAUUCACAUUUGCAGCAUUCCAGGCUAGGGUGAUGGCUAACCCUCCAAAGCGUGCCAGGUGGAACACACAUGACUCUGCCUGUCGAGACAUCAAUGGCGA